AUCAUCUUCUUCACUAAGCAAAAAAACCUUCAAAACAUUUCCUUCUUCUUUCUUCUUCAAUUACUACAAUGGCUGGAGUUGCCUUUGGUUCUUUUGAUGAUUCCUUUAGCUUGGCUUCUCUAAGAGCUUACCUCGCUGAGUUCAUCUCCACUUUGCUCUUUGUUUUCGCUGGUGUUGGCUCUGCCAUUGCCUACGCGAAGCUGACGUCGGACGCUGCCCUUGAUACGCCGGGACUAGUGGCCAUCGCGGUUUGCCAUGGUUUUGCCCUCUUCGUGGCGGUUGCAAUCGGAGCCAACAUUUCCGGUGGCCAUGUGAAUCCAGCCGUCACUUUCGGUCUUGCAGUCGGUGGUCAAAUCACAGUCAUCACCGGAGUUUUCUACUGGAUCGCUCAGCUUCUCGGCUCCACCGCCGCUUGUUUCCUCCUUAAAUACGUCACCGGUGGAUUGGCGGUUCCAACCCACAGCGUUGGGGCUGGACUAGGAGCGUUAGAAGGAGUAGUGAUGGAGAUCAUUAUCACCUUCGCUUUGGUCUACACCGUCUACGCCACCGCCGCUGAUCCCAAGAAGGGUUCUCUCGGAACUAUCGCUCCUCUCGCCAUCGGUCUUAUCGUUGGUGCCAACAUUCUCGCCGCUGGUCCAUUCUCCGGUGGAUCCAUGAACCCAGCACGUUCCUUUGGACCAGCUGUUGCAGCCGGAGACUUCUCUGGUCACUGGGUCUACUGGGUGGGACCACUCAUCGGUGGUGGACUUGCUGGACUUAUCUACGGAAAUGUCUUCAUGGGUUCUUCCGAACAUGCUCCUCUUGCUUCUGCUGAUUUCUAAACAAACAUGUGAUGAUUUGAUUUCUAAACAAACAUGUGAUGAUUCUUGAUUCAUGUUUCUGUGUUUGGUUACUUUGUCUCGAUCUUUCUUGUUUUGUUUGGACUUUAAUCCGGUUUCU